GAGAGGGCUGCUCUUUCUGCACUCAGAUCAGGAUAUCAGCAAUUGAGCUUCCGGGGCUGAAGAACCACAUCUGGUCCGUUCCUCCCAGGGCAUGGGGCAGGGACAUGGCUGGAGCAGAGCUGGCUCAGGAGCUGGUGACCUUCGAGGAGGUGGCUGUGUAUUUUACCAAGGAGCAGUGGGCUCUGCUGGUCCCAGGUCAGAGAGCCCUCUACAGGGAAGUCAUGCAGGAGAAUUAUGAGGCUGUGGCCUCACUGGGGUUUCCCAUUCCCAAACCCCUCGUGAUCUACCAGCUGGAAGGAGGGGAGGAGCCGUGGGUCCCAGAUCCCCAGGGCUCUGAGGACAGGAAGGUCCCAAGACGCAGCCACAGAGCUGCCGAGGGGAUGGUAAAGGAGGAGGAAGAGAGGCUGCAGCAGGAUGCCCCUGAGCAGCUGCAGGUGCAGAGCCCUGGUCAGGGAGCAGCCUGUGUAACUGAGGGCAGUUCAAGAAGGCAGCAGAGAAACUCGCCCUCAGAGUCGGAGUGUGAGCAAGGCACUGGGCUGCACCCCACCCAGGGCCCAUCCCCUCCCUGUGGUGGAGCUGUGGAGAGUCAGGGCCAGGCCAGGGAGCGACCCAACAUGUGCAGCGAGUGCGGGAAAGGCUUCCGGCGCGGCUCAGACCUCACUAAGCACCGCCGGUCCCACGGCGAGCGUCCCCACCAGUGCCCCGUGUGCGGGAAAGGCUUCCCCGUCCGCUCAGCCCUGGCCACCCACCAGCGCAUCCACACGGGGGAGCGCCCCUACGCCUGUGAUGCCUGCGGGAAGCGCUUUGGACAGAGCUCCCACCUCAUGCAGCACCUGCGCUCCCACACAGGGGAGAAACCCCACCGGUGCCCCGAGUGUGGAAAGAGCUUCCGGGAGGGCUCCACGCUGGCCCGGCACCGCCGCACCCACCGGCAGGAGAAGCCCCACACCUGCCCCCACUGCGGGAAGGGUUUCCACGAGCGGUCCAACUUUGCCCGGCACCAGCGCACCCACGCUGGGGAGCUACUUCCUGCCCCAGAGGAGGAGGGGAAGUCCUUCAUCUGCCCCGAGUGCGGGAAGGGUUUUGGCCGCAACGCCUACCUGACCCUGCACCGGCGUGUGCACACAGGAGAGAGGCCCUAUGCCUGCGCCGACUGCGGAAAGAGCUUCAGCGCCAGCUCCAACCUGACCCGGCACCAACGCGUCCACACGGGUGAGAGACCCUACCCCUGCGCCCGCUGUGGGAAACGCUUCUCCCAGAGCUCCACCCUCUUUGUGCACCUGCGCACCCACACCGGGGAGGCACCCUACCGCUGCACUGCCUGUGGGAGGGGCUUCAGUCAGAACUCCACCCUCCUGGCGCACCAGCGCACCCAUAGGGGUGGGAAACCCUGCCGCCAGCCCCCAGGAACCUGUGCCAGGGACGGGUCCUACCUGGGCAAGUGCUGUGCCAGUGACCCGCUGCUCCAGAGGCACCAGAAGACACACCUGUGAUGGGGGACCUGGCCCCACCCAGAGGCAUGGUAGAGCGUAGCCCUGAGGACUAGCCCAGGGUCAGUUUCUUGCUCUGCCACAAAUUACUUAGGCCCAGAUCGUCAAAGGUAUUUAGGCUCCUGACGCCUAUUGAUUUAAAUGGGCUUUAGGGCCAGAUUUUAAAGGUAUUUGGGUGCUUAAAAGUGCCUAAAAAUUCAGUUCCAAAAGGGAACCAAAAAAAGUAGAAAUUUCCCAUGCAACAAAAUUCCAUCAUGUUCUGGUUGUGUGUGUGUGUGUGUCUCUCUCUCUCUCUCUCUCUCUCUCUGGAACCUUUCAGCCUUCUAGGCAUGUUUCGGUCUCAUUUUAUUUUUCCUCAAUGAAAUUUCAUCAGAACUAAUCCAUUUCUCCUAUUUUGACAGAACGCCCCUUCCAACAGAGAACCAUUCCCUCAGAAUGUUUUUGGCUAGCUCUAGUGCUUAACCUCCUCUGAUGCUUUAGAAAAAUUCCUCCAGGUGCCUAUCUGCAGCUUUAGGCACCUAGGUACCUUUGUAAACCUAGCCUUUCGUGUGUGUGGGUUUCAGUCCCCCAUCUGUAAAAUGGGGUUAUAGCUCUGCCCUGCCUGACAGAGGUAUGCCCGGACAAAUGCACUGAAGGUUGUGAGGUGCCAAGAUGCUACAGUGAUGGGAGCUCUCUCAGCAUCAUAGAUAGGGAGCAUGAGGUUAGCGAACUGCCACUGAAUUUCCCUGGGAUUUGGGGGCCUAAGUCCCUUAGGUUCCUUUGAAAAUUUCAGCCCACAUUGCUUAGGAGUAUAAGGGGAUUGGUGUGUGUGUGAUGUAGGGAGAGGAACAGUCAGAGGAGGGAGGGAACUGGUAUUUGAGUUGGGGAGGGAGUGGCUGCCUUAGGAAGCAGGGGUUGUCGCGAAGGAGCUGGGCACUACAUGAAUGGAUUGUUUGUCUGGGGUUGCGAGAAAUUGGGAGCCAAAGGGAAAUUUUAUUUUUCUUAAAGCCUCAAACUACCUAAAGUGAUGAAGGCCUCUGGUUCUCUGAGGUGGCAGGAGGGGGGAUAACAAACUAGCGGGGCCAUCUGAUGUGUUCCCCACACAUACACAUACAUACAUUCUGGGCAAUUCCUGUAUUUUGGAGCUCUCCAUAGUGAUGGACAAAAAUCCUGUAGCUCCCGCUCCAAAACAAGAAAUAGCAUUCACAAAUGUGUUUCAAGGGAUGUUUCCUGUUCUUUCAUCCAUAUGCAGAGUCCAGACCAAGGGCAAGGCCCCACUUCAGUCCCAUGUGUACUCUAUAUUGAGGGAUUAAGGGGGAUUUAAUACCCUUUAACCCAGGGGUAGUCAGUUAUUUUUUCUCAAAGUCCAAAUUUCUUGGUUAAGGUAUAGUCAAGGUUCAGACUCGGGAAAUUAAUUUUAAAAAUCCCAACAAUAAUGGUAAUAAGUAAGUAACAUUUUGGGAUCUGUUCAGAAGUGUCUGGUGGUCCAGAUUUGGCCCAUGGUCCACCUAUUGACUACUCCUGCUCUUAUCUAUCUAAUCACAUUAAAGUUGGUCAGAAACUGGGAUUUCCCAUGGAAAAUUAUAAUGAAAAUGAGGGGGAAAAUGCUUUUGUUGAAAUUUUUCACAAGAAAUUUCAACUUUUAAAUGCAAAAUGGAAAUAUUUCAAUUCUGAAAUGACACCCUGGUCCCUCAUGGGAGAUGUAGUUUGUGUGCUUCUUGCCCCCAUUCUCUUUUAUGGGCCAGGUUCCUUAAUUGGCCUACAUCUCCCAUGAUGCCUUGCUGAGGGAGAGUGGUGAAUCAUGGAACUCCCAUGGCCACAAUGCAUCAUGGGAGAUGAAAUCCAGCUGGGGAACCCGGCCUAUAGAGGAGAAUGGAGAUAUGAAGCAACUGAACUACAAUUCACAUGAAGCAACGUUGGCAGAAUUUCCAAAUCGAAACAUUGCAUUUUGAGGGAGUUCAGGGUUUUGCUUUUUGUUUUGUCUUUUAGAUGAAAAAUUGAUAUUUUCCUCAGAAAUCAGAUAUUUUCCUUUUCAUGAAAAAUGCAUUAGUCAAAAUUCAAAUUUCCAUAAAUAAAAAGUUUAGACAACAUGUGUUUUGGCUAGUCGUAAUCACCAUGCAUAUCCCUCUGUCAGUCUAGCAGUAUUUCAUAUAUGUGUUUGGUAAUAUAUAUGUGGGGAAAACUUCCAGUCAUCUCCUUAUCUGUAGUCUGUCUCUUCCUCUGUUUUGUCUUGUUUAGAUUGUAAACUCUUUGGCACAGAGACCAGGUCUUUCUAUGUGUUUAUGUAGAGCUUGAUGCAUUGGGGCCCCAAUCAGAACUGGGCCUGUUCAUUGCUACUGUAGUACAAUUAAUAAAUGUUAAUUACUUCUGUUUAAUUAUGAAUCAUGCUUGGAACACACAGAGAAGAGUGUGUGUGUGUGUACACGCGAGAGAGCAAAU